UCAGGGACGCCGGGAGCGGACCUGUCAGACGGAAUCCGCCCUCCGCUGGAGCUCGCGGACCACCUCCUCAGUCGGCAAAGAGUCCAUCGGCACUCGGUCCUCCGCGGCACGAGCGCCUCGAGCUUGGCCCUCUGGUACUUCGUUGUAGACUCGUCUCUCCCCCUGCCUUGCUCACGCUCCUAGAAGCGACUGCCUAUCGGUCUUCCCCCAAGAGUAGGUUGGCGAGGAGCUUCAGGUUUGGUCUCGGCGGGUCGAGCGUGCAAUUGCGAUGGAGUGGAGGGCCGUCGUCCUGCUGUUCGUCGCGGCUGCCGUGCUGGCGCUGGCGGACGCGCAGAAGAAGUGCUCGGAAAUCGAUGGAAACUGCGUGGCGGAUGGCGACUGUCCGAAGACGCUUGAAACGGAUGGGGCUUGCAAAGGAAAACUCGUCUGCUGUAAAAAAGGCAGGAAGGUCGUGAAACAAGAAGUCAAAGGAAAACCGGUAAUACAAGAAAGGCAAGAUAAUGCAAACUGUGACCGGAGACCUCGAUGUGAGAGAAACAAUGGCACCUGCGUCGAGCGGUCGUGCACAUCGGCUGAAACUGCUCUCGCUGGAGGCUGUCGUGGAAACGACUGCACCUGCUGUGUCAGAGGAUGCAUUCCACGCUCACGUUGCAACAGGAGGGGGGGUACGUGCGUAAAACGACAGUGCGACUCGAAUGAAAAGUUGAUCAAGAAUGCGUGCAAGGGCAAGGACACAGACUGCAAUUGCUGCGCGCCACAGAAAAAUUGCAAGACGUUUAAAAAAUGUUCCCGCUUAAAUGGGCAAUGCGUCCCUAACGGCGAGUGCAAGGAACCGGAGCAAUUCCAGGGCGGCUGUUCAAAAGGAUGCGUGUGUUGCGGCACGGACUGCCCUGCCCGACGUAGGUGUAAAGACAGAGGAGGUGUCUGUGGCAAGGAUGAUUGCGGUGCCGGCCAGAGGGAAAUUCCUGGAGGUUGCAAAAACAAAGUCUGCAAAUGUUGCACUAGCGGCUGCACGACUACCAACAGAUGUAAGAAAUGGGGUGGAACUUGCACGCAGCCGGGAGAGUGCAAGUUCGACAACGUGGAUGGAAAGGGUUGCAAGAAGAAGCAAGGGUGUGUUUGUUGCACGGAAGGAUGCAGACCCAAAGCGAGGUGCGAGAAGCGAGGCGGGGAGUGCAUCGAGGGCAAGUGUGGCAGCAACAUGAAGGAGAUAAAGCAGGGCUGCGGGAAGUCCACCUGUUCCUGCUGCGCUCCUGUAGGAGGGGGGUGCAAGGAGUCAACCAAAUGCGCGAACAGAGGAGGCACGUGCGUCACGGCGUCCGAGUGCGACGACAAGGGCGCCAAGAGGAGAGGCUGCGGCAAAGGGUGUGUGUGCUGUAAUGAAGAUAAUUCCGGUGGCGUCACCUGCAAGAAGUCAACCAAAUGCGAGAACAAAGGAGGCACCUGCGCCAAGAAAGCCGACUGCGAUGACCAAGGCGCCAAGAGGACGGGCUGCGGCAAAGGGUGUGUGUGCUGCAAUGCAGAUGAUGGUUCCAAUAAUGUAAACUGCGAAACUGUUGACAAGUGCUCGAAGAAAGGAGGGACAUGCGUCAAGGCUGCCAACUGCAACGUUGCAAAUGCUAAGAGGACAGGUUGCGCCAAAGGAUGUCUGUGUUGCAUCGAAGAUGAUGGUUCCAAUAAUGUAAACUGCGAAACUGUUGACAAGUGCUCGAAGAAAGGAGGGACAUGCGUCAAGGCUGCCAACUGCAACGUUGCAAAUGCUAAGAGGACAGGUUGCGCCAAAGGAUGUCUGUGUUGCAUCGAAGACACAGGCACAAGUUGCACGCCGAACAGCAACUGCCCGGGAGAAUGCAAGAAAAAUUGUUUAGCAAGUGAAUUUGAAGUUGGAAACGCCUGCAGUGCUGAUUGCAAAUGUUGCGUCCCUUUCCCCACGACUUGCAAUGCGUCGCCGAACACCUGCAAGGGAAAGUGCACCGACGCGAGAGAUUGCAAAGAUGUCGACCUUCUUCCCAACUCCUCCUGUGAUGACAUCGGCUGCUCGUGCUGCCUGGACUGCACUAGAGAGGUCAACUGCACAGCUCAGAGAGGUGUCUGUCGCCAGAAUUGCUUAAAUGCAGAAUCGGAACUUCCCAACGGAUGCACGGGCUUCAACUGCAAAUGUUGUGUUCCUCCCAAUGUAAAUUGCCCGGACACACCUGCCACUUGCAGAGGAAAGUGUGUGGACGACCGAGAGUGUGGUGUAAAUGAUCGUAUUGUGAAUUCCGCUUGUACCGGAGAAUUUUGUACAUGUUGCAUAGACUGUACUGAGCUAACCAACUGUACCGCAGAAAGAGGAGUCUGUCGCCAAACUUGCUUGACAGGAGAAUCAGAAGUUGAGAAUGGAUGUUCAGGCUUCAACUGCAAGUGUUGUAGACCUGCUGAUGAAACGUGCCCGGCCACACCCGCCACCUGCAGGGGAAUGUGUAAGGACGAUAGACGGUGUGCUGUAGCUGACCGUAUUGCCAAUUCAACAUGCACCGGAGAAUAUUGCACGUGCUGCAUAAACUGUACUAUACAAGCAAACUGUACCGCGGAAAGAGGAGUCUGUCGCCAAACUUGCUUGACAGGAGAAUCAGAAGUUGAGAAUGGAUGUACAGGCUUCAACUGCAAGUGUUGUAGACCUGCCGAUGAAACGUGCCCGGCCACACCCGCCACCUGCAGGGGAAUGUGUAAGGACGAUAGACGGUGUGCUGCAGCUGACCGUAUUGCCAAUUCAACUUGCACCGGAGAAUUCUGCACGUGCUGCAUAAAUUGUACUGAGCUAACCAACUGUACCGCGGAAAGAGGAGUCUGUCGCCAAACUUGCUUGACAGGAGAAUCAGAAGUUGAGAAUGGAUGUUCAGGCUUCAACUGCAAGUGUUGUAGACCUGCUGAUGAAACGUGCCCGGCCACACCCGCCACCUGCAGGGGAAUGUGUAAGGACAGUAGACGGUGUGCUGCAGCUGAUCGUAUUGCCAAUUCAACAUGCACCGGAGAAUUUUGCACGUGUUGCAUAAACUGUACUAUACAAGCAAACUGUACCGCGGAAAGAGGAGUCUGUCGUCAAACUUGCUUGACAGGAGAAUCAGAAGUUGAGAAUGGAUGUACAGGCUUCAACUGCAAGUGUUGUAGACCUGCCGAUGAAACGUGCCCGGCCACACCCGCCACCUGCAGGGGAAUGUGUAAGGACGAUAGACGGUGUGCUGUAGCUGACCGUAUUGCCAAUUCAACUUGCACCGGAGAAUUUUGCACGUGCUGCAUAAACUGUAAUGAGCUAACCAACUGUACCGCGGAAAGAGGAGUCUGUCGCCAAACUUGCUUGACAGGAGAAUCAGAAGUUUUGAAUGGAUGUACAGGCUUCAACUGCAAGUGUUGUAGACCUGCUGAUGAAACGUGCCCGGCCACACCCGCCACCUGCAGGGGAAUGUGUAAGGACAGUAGACGGUGUGCUGCAGCUGACCGUAUUGCCAAUUCAACUUGCACCGGAGACUUUUGCAUGUGCUGCAUAGAUUGCACUCCGCUCAACAAUUGCACUGCCCAAAGGGGCGUUUGCAAACAGACUUGCGCACAAGGCGAAACGGAAAUUAACAACGGAUGUUCAGGCUUCGGUUGCAAAUGUUGCUCUCCUCCUCCUGCAACAUGCCCUGCCACGUCCACAUGCCAGGCACAGUGUGUGGAUUCCAGGCAGUGUGAAGCAGCUAACCUCAUAGCUGGUUCAACAUGCACUGGUGAAAACUGUGUUUGUUGCUUGGGGGGCGUUUGCAAACAGACUUGCGCACAAGGUGAAACGGAAAUUGACAACGGAUGUUCAGGCACCGGUUGCAAAUGUUGUUCUCCUCCUCCUGCAACUUGCCCUGCCACAUCAACAUGCCAGGGAAAGUGUGUGGAUGCCAGGCAGUGUGAUGACGUUCUAACAGGUUCAACCUGUAAUGGAGCAAAUUGUGUCUGUUGCCGAGAAUGCACUGCACAGCCCAAUUGCACUGCUCAGAGGGGCGUUUGCAAACAGACUUGCGCACAAGGCGAAACGGAAAUUAACAACGGAUGUUCAGGCACCGGUUGCAAAUGUUGCUCUCCUCCUCCUGCUACCUGCCCUGCCACAUCCACAUGCCAGGGAAAGUGUGUGGAUUCCAGGCAGUGUGAUGACGUUCUAACAGGUUCAACCUGUAAUGGAGCAAAUUGUGUCUGUUGCCGCGAAUGCACUGCACAGCCCAAUUGCACUGCUCAAAGGGGAGUUUGCAAGCAAACUUGCGCACAAGGCGAAACGGAAAUUGACAACGGAUGUUCAGGCACCGGUUGCAAAUGUUGCUCUCCUCCUCCUGCUACCUGCCCUGCCACAUCCACAUGCCAGGGAAAGUGUGUGGAUUCCAGGCAGUGUGAUGACGUUCUAACAGGUUCAACCUGUAAUGGAGCAAAUUGUGUCUGUUGCCGCGAAUGCACUGCACAGCCCAAUUGCACUGCUCAGAGGGGCGUUUGCAAGCAAACUUGCGCACAAGGCGAAACGGAAAUUAACAACGGAUGUUCAGGCACCGGUUGCAAAUGUUGUUCUCCUCCUCCUGCUACCUGCCCUGCCACAUCCACAUGCCAGGGAAAGUGUGUGGAUUCCAGGCAGUGUGAUGACGUUCUAACAGGUUCAACCUGUAAUGGAGCAAAUUGUGUCUGUUGCCGCGGUGAGUCGCACACACAGCCCAAAUAUAUAGCACCAACGGAUGUUCAGCCUUCGGUUGCAAAUGUUGAUAUCCUCCUCCAACAUGCAUUGCUACAUCCACAUGCCAGGGACAGUGUGAUAAAGUUAUACCAAGUUCAAUCUUUAAUGGAGCAAAUUAUGCAUAUGCCACAGCUGCGUGACUUGACUAAUGGUUACCCACCGUCACACUUUUGCAAGCAAACUUGCGCACAAGGCGAAACGGAAAUUGACAACGGAUGUUCAGGCACCGGUUGCAAAUGUUGCUCUCCUCCUCCUGCUACCUGCCCUGCCACAUCCACAUGCCAGGGAAAGUGUGUGGAUUCCAGGCAGUGUGAUGACGUUCUAACAGGUUCAACCUGUAAUGGACCAAAUUGUGUCUGUUGCCGCGAUUGCACUGCUCAAAGGGGAGUUUGCAAGCAAACUUGCGCACAAGGCGAAACGGAAAUUGACAACGGAUGUUCAGGCACCGGUUGCAAAUGUUGCUCUCCUCCUCCUGCUACCUGCCCUGCCACAUCCACAUGCCAGGGAAAGUGUGUGGAUUCCAGGCAGUGUGAUGACGUUCUAACAGGUUCAACCUGUAAUGGAGCAAAUUGUGUCUGUUGCCGCGAAUGCACUGCACAGCCCAAUUGCACUGCUCAAAGGGGAGUUUGCAAGCAAACUUGCGCACAAGGCGAAACGGAAAUUAACAACGGAUGUUCAGGCACCGGUUGCAAAUGUUGCUCUCCUCCUCCUGCUACCUGCCCUGCCACAUCCACAUGCCAGGGAAAGUGUGUGGAUUCCAGGCAGUGUGAUGACGUUCUAACAGGUUCAACCUGUAAUGGAGCAAAUUGUGUCUGUUGCCGCGGUGAGUUGUACACACAGCCCAAAUAUAUAGCACAUUUGGACAUUGUGAUAAAGUUAUACCAAGUUCAACCUUUAAUGGAGCAGAUUGUGUCUGUUGCCUGUUUGAGUCACACAGCCGUAUAUAUGACAUACCCACGACACUCUCAAACAUUAGUAUCACUCAUAAGUCCUCUCUUUAAAGCUGCGUUGAAAUCUGCUCGAAAUGGUCGUUUGCAGGAAUUGACAGAGUUGUGUCCAAAGAUUCCGAUAUUCCAAGAUGCAUAUGCCACAGCUGCUUGCACUGCUCAAAGGGGAGUUUGCAAGCAAACUUGCGCACAAGGCGAAACGGAAAUUGACAACGGAUGUUCAGGCACCGGUUGCAAAUGUUGCUCUCCUCCUCCUGCUACCUGCCCUGCCACAUCCACAUCAGGAAAGUGUGUGGAUUCCAGGCAGUGUGAUGACGUUCUAACAGGUUCAACCUGUAAUGGAGCAAAUUGUGUCUGUUGCCGCGAUUGUGAAAUCCAGACGAAUUGCUCCGACAGAGGAGGCUCUUGCAAGCAGAGCUGUAAUGCCAACGAAACUGUAAUACCUAAUGGCUGCACGGGAACAAACUGCAUGUGUUGCAUGCCCAAUGACAACUUGGCUGUCUGCACAGCUAACGAGGCAAACUGCCAGGGUACUUGUAUGGACGCCUUGAACUGCGAUCAAGUGAUACCGGGCGGGACUUGCAAUGGGACGAACUGCCAGUGCUGUCGUGAUUGCAAUCCUCUUCAAGUCUGCCAAGAUCUGAACGGUGAAUGUAUGCAUAUACCUACGGGUGAAUGUCCAAAUGGCUUAAUCAAGAUUCCGAAUGGGUGCUCCGGCUUCGAAUGCACAUGCUGCGUCACAACGUCUGGGUUGCUGAGCUGUCCGGCAUCACCAUCUUGUCCUGGGAGAUGCAGAGACGCGCGUGUGUGUCCGGUGGUGAUAACGGGUACAGCCUGUAACACGGACGGGUGCUCAUGCUGCCUCGAAUGCACCGACAAUUCCUGCACGCAAAACAACGGUGUCUGUCGCCAGAGAGGAACCUGUCUGGAUGAUGAAACCAUGCUAACCGGCAACGAAUGCACUGGGAAUAGAUGCGCCUGUUGCCAGCAGCUGAAGAAAGACACCAGAAUCCCCCGGCCAUAUCGAAACAGAAUCACACGCAUAAUACCAAUAUCAACCGCAACAGUUGAACGGUCAUUUUCUAUGCUCCGACGUGUGAAAAAUUACUUGCGUUCAACCAUGACACAGCAAAGAUUGAACAAUGUAAUGCUUCUACAAGACCACAAAGAAAUAACAGACUCACUUGACCUAACAACUAUUGCAAGGCAGUUUGCGUCCAUAGUAAUUUCAUCAGAAAAAAAUGAUGACUUCUACACCACAGUAACAAUAGUUACACUUGCAAGUGAGAUGUACGUUCGUGGCACUCAGUACAUGUAUUAA